GGUUCUUGAGUGUUAAUGAGUCUGGAUAAGGCACAUCAAUGUGGAAGCACCUGCUUUAUACGUUUUAGGGACAAAUCUCCAGUACACUAAAGAACAAAGAAACAAAAACAACAACAACCCCACCAGAAUUGCUGCAUUUUCAUAAUGAAGAAAAUUAGUCUCAAGACCAUUCGUAAAUCUUUUAACUUAAGUAAGAGCAAAGAUGACAGUGACUUUGUUGUGGUUGCACAGCCAUCAUUAAAUGAUUUUGGAAAAGAUGACUCCUUGUUUGCUAGCUGUUAUGGUAAAGAUUUGGCUAGCUGUGACAUCAACAGUGAAGAUGAGAAAGGUGGCAAAAACAGAUCAAAGACUGAAAGCUUAAUGGGUACAUUAAAAAGACGGCUUUCAGCAAAACAGAAGCAAAAAAGUGGCAAGGGCAGCACACCAUCUGUGAGCUCUGCUGAUGAAGAUACUUUUUCUUCUUCUUCUGCUCCAAUAACUUUCAAAGAUGUAAGAGCUCAAAGACCUCUUCGGUCCACAUCCCUCCGAAAUCACCAUUAUAGUCCAACACCAUGGCCCCUUCGGCCAACAAACUCAGAAGAAACAUGUAUAAAAAUGGAAGUGAAAGUAAAGGCUUUGGUCCACUCUUCAAACCCAAGCCCUGCACUGAAUGGUGUUCGCAAAGAUUUCCAUGACUUGCAGCCAGACAGCAUGUUCCACGAACAAAACAGUGCAUUAAAAAGUACAGAAUCUCAGAAUGGAGAUUUGCAUCUUCAUAUUGAUGAACAUGUGCCUGUAGUUAUUGGACUUAUGCCUCAGGACUACAUUCAGUACACUGUGCCUUUAGAUGAGGGAAUGUAUCCUUUGGAAGGAUCACGUAGUUACUGUUUGGAUAGUUCCUCACCCAUGGAGGUUUCAACUGUUUCUUCUCAAAUGGGUAAUAGUACCUUUCAUGAAGAAGAGGGAUCAGUGAAUCAAGAUGUAGUAGUUGCUCCAGAUAUCUUUGUGGACCCAGCAGUAAAUGGUUUAUUGAUUGGUACAACAGGAAUCAUGUUGCAAAGUCCAAGAGUUAAUCAUAAUGAUGUUCCUCCACUCUCACCAUUGCUACCUCCAAUACAGAAUAAUCAAAUCCAAAGGAACUUUAACAGCCUGAAUGGCACAGAUGUCCAUGUGGCUGAAAGUAUGCGCUGCCAUUUGAAUUUUGAUCCUAACUCUGCACCAGGCGUUGGAAGAGUAUAUGAUUCUGUACAAAACAGUGGCCCACUGGUGGUAACAAGUCUCACAGAAGAACUAAAAAAACUAGCAAAACAAGGAUGGUACUGGGGUCCAAUUACCCGAUGGGAAGCAGAAGGAAAACUAGCCAAUGUCCCUGAUGGUUCGUUUCUUGUGCGAGACAGCUCUGAUGACCGUUACCUUUUAAGUCUGAGUUUCCGUUCUCAUGGUAAAACUCUUCAUACUAGAAUUGAGCAUUCAAAUGGUAGAUUUAGCUUUUAUGAACAACCAGAUGUGGAGGGACAUACUUCUAUCGUUGAUCUGAUUGAACACUCAAUUAGGGAUUCUGAAAAUGGUGCAUUUUGCUAUUCGAGAUCUCGAUUACCUGGAUCUACAACUUACCCAGUGAGACUAACCAAUCCAGUAUCUCGUUUCAUGCAAGUGCGUUCCUUGCAGUAUCUGUGUCGAUUUGUUAUACGUCAAUAUACUAGAAUAGAUCUGAUUCAGAAACUGCCUUUGCCAAACAAAAUGAAGGAUUAUUUACAAGAAAAGCACUACUGAAGGCUUAUGGGAACCUUGCAGCUUGCACUUUGGGAAUAACAACAAAAAAUUUAAAGACAGCGAUUGAUACACAGUUUACAAACUUAAUUAUUACUAGUUUUUUGCUGCCAUAAUUUCAUUUUUGUGCAUAAAGAAGGGUAAUGCAUUUUGAGUUUAAUGGGUAUUUGGGGUUUUUCUUUUUUAAAACAAUGAUCUCAAAGGGUUUUGUUUUUAGAAGAGUAAAAUAACUAUCUUUCAUUCAGUGUGUAAAAUAAUCACAAUGUGAAUGAUAGACAUUGUCCUUAAACUCCCCAUCUCCUUUGCUGCUAAUCCACUGUGAUUUUUAUGCAUUUGAAGCACAUUUCAUGUGUUUUCAACCAUAAGUAAAAAUUGAAACUUGAUGGGAUAUAUUUUGUUGUCUUCAAAUAGUCUGUUUUUUUGUUUUUUUUUUCUUAAUUUAAAAAAAACAGUUGGGGGUAAAAUAUACUGGUAUACCAAACUUGGAUACUUGCUUAAAAUGAUUUCCCAAUAUCUAAUUAAAAACAUAGAACUGUGGGCUGGAGGGAAUCUGUGAUACAAUACAGUUAUGCAUUGUAUCUUUUGAAAGCCUCCUUUCUCCUGAGCAGUCUCAAUUAUUGCAGAUACUGCUUUGCUUUUCUUGUUCUUAUUUUUAAAUUUUAAAAUAGCCUUUGAAAAAGAUUUGUAAAAUAUUAAAAAUCAUAUUACUAUUCAAACAAAAGCUAAAUAAAUUAAAACAUUUAAAAUAUUUGGAGGGGUUAUAGAAAUCCUGAUUUAAAUAAAGCUAUUCAGAUAAUUUCAGAACUCUGAGAUUUGUCCCAACGGAAAUUAAAAAAAAAUUGUGGCAGUGGAUUUAAAAGGAUCCUAUAAUUACUACAGAAAUUGGACAUUAAAUAGCUCAUCUUAAAGAGAAUUUAAAUUCCAUUAAUUUCCUUGGAUGAGUUAAGUGCAUGUAUACUCUUUUCCCAUGGAAAAUGAUAAGAUUAAGAAGUACUUAAGUUUGAUGGAACAUGGCCUCAAUUUUAAAUAUGUGUUCCUUUAUUGUUUAGCAUUCAUUUUCCAUCAUUAUAUUUCCCUUUAACUGGCAAGUGAAGAGAACUUAAAUUAAUCCCCAAAUAUUAUUAUUUAAAGCAACAUGCACAUUUAAAAAUUAAAGACAAUUAGAUUAAAUAGCAAAAUAGUCACCAUAGGAAAUAUUCAGGUGCAUUACCACUUUCAUUUCUACACAUUCUUAUUUGAAAAAAGGAAAAUCCGUAUCAUUUUAGAUACUUGUAAUGGGAUAAGCUGCCAGGAACAACUGUGUUAGGACUUCCAGAGCAUCAUUGUAUUUUCUUUCACUUUAGUGAGGUCUGCAUAGGAGAAGCUUCCAAUGAAUUGGAAAGCCUAUAGAUGAGGCUGCUUUGCAGCCUGGACCCAAUCAUGAGAAGUAUCCUCACCUGUUUUGAUGAAAAAUUGGGGAAAUUUGAUGUUAACUGAACUCCAUUGCCUUCAGUAGGCUUUAAGUCUGAUAGUGUUGUUUUGUGUAUGGUUUGUAGGAAAAAAAAUGCCAAUAAGUUUAUAAAGAAUUGCAGCCUGUUUUAAAAAAAUGUGGUCAAAGUAUUAUUUCUGCAAAUUGUUCCAUGAUGAUCAUUAUACUGUGGAAGCAGAGUAUUCUUAUGUUUAUAAGAGCUCUUGUGAACCAAAAUCUUAAGUAGGAAACUGUAUUCUGAAAUUUCUGAAUAAAAUCAUACAAUUUGGGAGUGAGGUUUUAAAGUUAACAGAAAUUAGUUUGUGCCACUGCAAUGUGUCUUUUAUUUUUUUGUUUGCAUUUUCGCAUCUGAAUACUGAACAUUUUUCUGACUAGUAAAGACAUUUAAAGAGUGACGAAAUUUUGAGAAAUCUUCAUUUGGGGGUAUUUCACUCUUCUUCUACCUUUUUGUGGUUUUCUGAAUGAAUUUAUACUAUUAAAGUAUGAAGGUGCUGCAGUGGCCUGACAUCUUGGGUUGCGUGAGUCAAUAUGCUAAAUUUCUAUUUUUUAAAAAAUUAUUUUUUAGAUCAUAAAGUUUAAAAGAAUAUCAGAGGCAAAGUAUGUCUUUUGCUCUGGAAUACAGAGGUGGAAGUAUCUCUCUUGCCCAGUUACAGUAUAAUAGAUUUUGAAAAAUAAAAUAUAUAGAGAGAGAUGCUGUUAAAUUCCUGAGCAAGAAUAUAUCUAUAUGUAUGUGUGUCAUUUCUUGGCUUUGCAAUUCUGAUGUUUAUGCAAAAUCUUCAUUUUUGUUUCUUGAUUUUUACUCCCAAGCAAGAUUACAAAUUUUAUAUAUAAAAGGCACAAUGAUAUAUGUGACGGUACCAUGUUUUGCCUAAUGAAGAAAAGGAUUUUUUUUUUCUACAGUAGGAACAUACAUGUUAGGGUAAAAUCCUUGUCUCUAGGAUAUGACAAGAAAAGGACUGUUCAGUUAGUGGUAGAGGAAGAAAGUUCUCUGGAGUAACUAAUGUAUAUUAUGGCAAUAUUUUUAAAAAGUCCCAGUUUUUAACAAACAAUGAUUUGAGGGACUAUGGUGGUAUUACAAUUCCAUAUUUAGAUUUUCAAUAGCCCAAUCAUAUUUCUGUCCGAACAGUAGAUGCUGGACCUGCCUGCUGCGUUGUGCCCAUCUUUUUACAUCUUCAGUUCAUUAAUAUUCAAAAUAUGCUCUUGCAGUGAAGUCGUCUUCCUCACAGAAUAAACAAGUUUCUCUCAUUAUACAGUAGAACUAGGAAAGACAACAUACACUAUCAAAUGGCAAUGUGAAUGAGUGGAUCCUCCUCCUUUUGCCCCCCUCCUUAACCUUUCUGUCUGCCCUUCAUUUUCCAGAGCGCCGGACUAGAAUAGCAACAGCCAAUGUCAUGCACUUGUCCUCUUUCACUGAACAAUAAAAAAUAAAACUGACAGUAAGAACAAGCCUUGAGCCACCUCAUUUGGCUAAGCAAGAAUUGUACAUCAGUAGGAGCAGAUCCAGUUUGUUGUUCCUGGCUGAUAAACCGACAGCCUAGCAAAGGCAAUACUAAUCUUUGUUUUUGCUUUGGUUGGCUAUCAAAGAAGUGACUGGUUAGACUGGAGUGACUGGAGGUUGGGAAACAUUUGAGAAGUAACCCACCUCUGUCAUCUGGGCCUCAACUCUUUAAGGUAGUGCAAUAAACAGCUAUUGGCAAUUGCUUUGUACAUCCUCAUCUUCCCUGUGCCAGCUAAGAUAUUUGCUCUGUGUGUGUGUGUGUGUUUAGAAGGGGUCAAUAAGUGGCAUGUUGCAUAUAACAAAAAGGGUGGAAAAUUCUGCAAUGACUUUCGAUUGAAUGCAUCAAAAACUUCUUGUGAAUUGCCUUUCUUGCUUUGUUUUUUAAUCUUUAUAGAAAGCUCAUAUCUUUUACCAUGCAGAAUUAUAUGUUGCUUUCUGUUGUCUUUUAACUGUUUGUGUGAGUGGGUGCUCCCUUAUUCGGUGUAAGAAUUCAGAACAACUGCUGAAACAUGGAAGUAGCUGUUUACAGAAAGCUCUGCAACAAAAUUGUAUUUUUCCCUCAAAUAUUACAUUGCUUGUGCCAGGGCUCUGCUCAAGCAGAGGAUCACAUAGGCUAUUACACAUUUCUAUAUAGUAAGUUCUAAGAUGAACAGUUUAUAUAUAAGAAAAGGGGCAUCCUCAAGACAGGAAACAUUAGCUGCCUAACUUUUCUUGUAACACUAUGAGGUAUUCAGAUUCUAUUAUAUUCCAUAAUCAAAUUGCAUUAAUUACCUAUCUUGUGCUAUUUGAAUGUUGACAGAAGAAACACAAGUCCAUUCUGACAGUAUUGAUAUAAACUUAAAUUUGGUUAAUAUAAAAAGUUGCUAUUACCUGUAAGUCAGCCCAGUAUAAGUUAAUAAGUGCAAUUGGAAAAUGUUACUACCAUAAAUUGAAAAAAAUACUCUAGUAGAUUGACAGAAAAAUAACAAAACAA